AUGCUGAUCGGUGCUGGAGCUAAAGUUGAACCUGAUUUAAUACGAAAAGGUUUAGCUUUAAUGAAUAGCCCAAAUAAUAAGAUCAAACAACAUUUAAAAACCAAGGAAGCACUUCACUUAUAUGAUCAACUACAAAACAACGUAAAAAUAAGGAAACCAAUAACAUUCAUAAUGAGCGACGAUGAUGAAAAUUUAGGUAAGCCAAGAUCUACAGGGUGUCCCAGAAAUAACCUGCCAAAAGUUUUUUCGUAUAUCUUUCCUAUUUCAUUUAACUUUAUCAACAAUAUUUUUUAAAAUUAUAGGCGAAUAUACCGACUUUUUAUUUAUCCGAACAAUCUUCUAUAUUAUUG